AGGCUCAGCCCUCCUCGGCGCCCACCAUCUCGAGGCUCCCGGACUGUAAGGGACCCCUGCAGUCCCCAGAGCUGAAGCCAGUGGGGGCUGAGACUAUGAGGCAAGCAGCCCAUCGACCCAGGCCUCCUUAGGACCAGCCCGGCCACCCAGCAAGCAAGAGAACAGAAGCAGAGAGAGGAGCAGGAGAUAAAGGACCACAGCGGACCCUUGGGGAUCACCCCCCAGCGGCUCCUGAGGACCCCAGCCAGGCGGAGGGGUCAUGAUGGAUGGCCAGACUCACAGACACUGACAGACACAUAAUGACAGCCAUGCACACAGCUGCAAAACACUGACACGCUCAGAUACAACCAGUGACAGCAUCACACACUGCCACAGCCCUGCAAUACAGACACCCACACACACACAGAAACAACUGGUAACUCUAAGGCAGGCAGACAGUGACACACAGCACCACCCCCUCAACACACAUAAGUGGGGGUACCCAUCCUCCAGACACACGCAAGACAGUGCUGACCCGCACAGACAGACCUGGAGACACACACGCACACCCUCACCCAGGCGCUGCUGUAGGUGGCCUCUGCACAUCUUUCCCACCCCCACGGGGACACCCUCGCUCCUCUACAUACUCGCGCACACACACAGCCACCAGCAAACACGGCUCACAUACCCCUGGCUCCAGCUCCGGCAGCCCCGGCGCAUUCUACAGCCUCCUUUGUGGGUGGGGAAGAGCUCAGCCAACCUUGGAUGGAGCCUCGGUGAAGCCAAGAACUCAGAGGGGAGAGGGGCCGGCCUGGCAUGACCCUCGCUGCCUUCCCCCACUUGACUGGGUGAUGUCCCCCGGCCCGGGUUCUGGGGUCCCUUGGCAGUAUCAUGGAGCAACUGACAACCCUCCCACGGCCUGGGGACUCUGGAGCCAUGGAGCCAUGGGUACUGCCUGCCUGGCAGAGCUGGACUCCAGGCCGGGGGGGUGAACCUGGGAGUGCAGCCCCAAGAGAGGCUGAUACUCCUCCAGCAGCUCUGCAGCUUACAGAACUGAGGCCUGAGGGGUGCUCUCAGCCUGAAGGAGCCCAGAGCCCCAGGCCCAUGGGGGACAUUCACCCUGAAGGAACAGGGACUGGGCUGCCCAGCCUGGGGCAGCAAGCAGCAAGCUCUGGACCCGGCUGCCCAAGGCUGGAGGAUGAGGAGGUGGAGGCUUUCCCUAAGGCCACGCUGAACAUGGGCUUCGGGGACGGGCCCAAUCUGGAGCUGCUGAGGGCCCUGGGGGAGCUGCAGCAGCGCUGUGCCAUCCUUAAGGAGGAAAACCAGAUGCUGAGGAAGAGCAGCUUUCCCGAGACGGAGGAGAAGGUGCGGAGGCUGAAGCGGAAGAACGCCGAGCUGGCGGUCAUUGCCAAGCGCCUGGAGGAGAGGGCCCGGAAGCUGCAGGAAACAAACCUGAGGGUGGUGAGUGCCCCCUUGCCCCGACCGGGGGCCAGCUUGGAGUUGUGCCCGAAGGCCUUAGCCCGCCAGCGAGCCCGGGACCUCAGUGAGACAGCCAGUGCACUGCUGGCCAAGGACAAGCAGAUCGCUGCCCUGCAGAGGGAGUGCAGGGAGCUGCAGGCCAGGCUCACCCUGGUGGGCAAGGAGGGUCCCCAGUGGCUCCACGUGCGGGACUUCGACCGGCUGCUGCGCGAGUCCCAGCGGGAAGUGCUGCGACUGCAGAGGCAGAUCGCCCUGCGCAACCAGCAGGAGCCGCCCCCGCCGUCCCGGCCCCCGGGCCCUGCUGCCCCGGCCAGAGCAGGGGCGCCGGCCCCCGGGGCCCCGGGAGAGGCCACGCCCCAGGAGGAUGUGAACAACCCACCUGUGGUCCUAGGGGAGCCAGAGAAACAGCAGAGGGUGCAGCAACUGGAAUUGGAGCUCAGUAAGAAGCGGAAGAAAUGCGAGAACUUGGAGCAGGAAGCCCGGAAAAAGCAGAGGCGAUAUGAGGAGCUGGAACUGCAGCUGAAAGAAGCCCAGAAUGAGAAUGCCCGCCUGGUGGAGGAGAACUCUCGGCUCAGUGGGAGAGCCACGGAGAAGGAGCAGGUGGAGUGGGAGAAUGCGGAGCUGAGGGGCCAGCUCCUGGGGGUGACGCAGGAGAGGGAUUCAGCCCUUCGCCAGAGCCAGGGCCUGCGGAGCAAGCUGGAGAGCCUGGAGCAGGUGCUGAAGCAUAUGCGGGAGGUGGCCCAGCGGCGGCAGCAGCUGGAGGUGGAACAUGAGCAGGCUCGGCUCAGCCUGCGGGAGAAGCAGGAGGAGGUCCGGAGGCUGCAGCAGGCCCAGGCAGAAGCCAAGCGUGAACAUGAAGGGGCCGUGCAGCUGCUGGAGUCUACCUUGGAUUCCAUGCAGGCCCGGGUUCGAGAGCUCGAGGAGCAGUGCCGCAGCCAAACAGAGCGCUUCAGCCUCUUGGCACAGGAGCUUCAGGCCUUCCGCCUGCACCCUGGCCCCUUGGAUCUGCUCACCUCUGCCCUGGAUGGUGGGGCCCUUGGGGACCGCCCACCACCCCCCUGCUGCUGCUCCACCCCCCAGCCCUGCCGGGUGUCCGGUCCCAAAGACCUUGACCUCCCUCCGGGCUCCCCGGGGCGCUGUACUCCAAAGUCUUCCGAACCUGCCCCUGCCACCCUUACUGGGGUCCCUCGAAGGACGACCAGGAAGGCAGAGUCUCUCUCCAACUCCUCUCGCUCUGAGUCCAUCCACAACAGUCCCAAGUCAUGUCCUACACCUGAGGUGGACACAGCCAGUGAGGUGGAGGAGCUGGAGGCCGACAGUGUCUCCCUGCUCCCAGCAGCACCAGAGGGCAGCCGAGGAGGAGCCAGGAUCCAGGUCUUCCUAGCUCGCUACAGCUACAACCCCUUCGAGGGCCCCAAUGAGAAUCCAGAGGCAGAGCUUCCGCUGACAGCUGGCGAGUACAUCUAUGUUUAUGGCAACAUGGAUGAAGAUGGCUUUUUUGAAG